GAAUUGAACCAUUUAUCAUCCAGCUUGUUUCACGUGAUCUAUCAGAAGCUUUAAAAGGUGUGACACAUACUACUGUACUCCUGUUUGUGUGACAUAUUCUUCAAGCAUCAGGUACAUAGACUACAGACGGCUUGUGUCAGCAAAAUCCGCUCGGUCACUAUGGGGAGAAUUCAAAUCCUCUGGCUCUUUCUGAUUUUUCUGGUCUUUGAACAGACAGUUGCAAAAAAGCCAUGCAAAUGUCGUUCUGAUGGAAAUAAAGAAAAAAAAACAAUACAACAUUUGAGCAGUAGUCCAUAUUCUGCAGAGUACAGAGAAGGACAGCGCAAGCAAAUACAGAACAAAAUGGAUCCAAGUACUAAGAAGGCCAAAUUUUUGCUGUAUAAUGAAGGGAUAGUCAAUAAUAUGUGUCCAAUUGUAACAGGACAGCCUGACACCCUAGAAAGUUGUGCCUUCAAUGCUACUCUUCCCCUUGUAAUGAUAGUACAUGGAUGGUCGCUUGAUGGAACUCUGGAAGCUUGGAUACCAAAGAUGGCUUCUGCAUUUAAAUCCAGUAAUAAGCAGAUUAAUGUCAUCAUCGUGGACUGGCUGUCUUCUGCCCAUGUACAUUAUGCAGUUGCAGUACAGAAUGCCCGAUUUAUUGGUCUAGAGAUGGCAGAAUUUCUGGAAUGGCUUGAAUCAUCCAUCCAAUUUCCUAGAAGUAAUGUUCAUUUGAUUGGGUACAGCCUUGGAGCUCAUGUAUCAGGAUUUGCUGGCAGUUAUAUUAGUGGAUCAGACAAGAUCGGAAGAAUUACAGGUCUUGACCCUGCUGGUCCUCUAUUUGAAGGAAUGUCAUCCAUAGAUCGUCUGUCAUCAGAUGAUGCCAGCUUUGUUGAUGCCAUUCAUACAAACACACAACAACACAUUGGAUUAAGUAUUGGCAUUAAUGAGCGAGUUGGUCACUAUGAUUUUUACCCCAAUGGAGGUGAUAUUCAGCCUGGCUGCCAGUUUCGAGACUUGUACAGCCAUAUAGCAGAGCAUGGAAUUAAUGGGUUUAAAAAGUCUGUGAAAUGUUCUCAUGAGAGGUCGGUUCACCUUUUCAUGGAAUCUAUACUAAAUGAAGAUAAGCAAAACAUUGGGUAUGAAUGUAAAGACUUUAAAACCUUCCAGAAAGGUGUGUGUCUCAAAUGUCCAAAAAGUGGAUGCGUUACUUUGGGGUACAAUAUCAACAGGGGAGGAAUACGUCCUAGACAUAGUCUCUUUCUCAAAACACGUUUUAACAUGCCAUUCAAAGCUUACCAUUACCAGAUCAAGAUGCAAGUAACUAAUAACGUUGCAGACAAGCAGCUAUUUCCACAAUUAUCAACAUCACUUACAGGAACUAAAGAAGACGUAAAUGGCUUAGCUUUAGAUAUAUCUGAAGGCAUAAGUGAGACUGGAACCUACUCUUUCCUCAUUACAUUAGACACUGAGAUUGGCGAUCUCAUGAUGAUGAAAUUAAAAUGGGAAGCCAGCAAAGACAUUAAAAGUCUGUGGUAUACCCUGCAAAAGAAGAUGGCAUGGGAAACACUGCCGGGAUUACUAGUAAAGAAAAUAAGAGUAUUGGUUGGAGAAACGCAGGAGAGACUAACAUUUUGUGCUGAAAAUGCUGAUGACUUUGAACUCCAUCCUGACCAGGAGAAGAACUAUGUGAGAUGUUUAAACAGACUAAAAAGGAAAGAGGUGUCCGCUAAAGUGCAAAGAAAUCGCUUGAAACAGCGUGCUUAGCCAAAACUGGAUAGAUCUUUGAAGCCAAAUAGCCCAAACUGCUUUAAGAAGUUGCUUGCACCUAAUCUUCUGGAGUACAGAAAGACUAGCUCCUUAAUGUUCCUUUUGUCCAACCCUGUUUUAAGAGACCAUAGCUUUUCAUUGUCAGUAUUUUACAAUGUGUCUCACAGCUGCCUGAAA